GCCGCACAGCAGAUACGCGCCGCUAGGAGCGCAAGAAGAACCGCAACAGACGAGGAAGAAGAAGAAGAGAAAAAAAAAAAAAACAUUACAGCAGCCGAUAUUUGGAGCUGCGAGGAGACCAGUACCAGGACCAGAACCAGAACCAGGACCAGGACCAGGACCAGAGGAGCAGCGUCGGCCCCGGAAGCCAGAAAUCCAAAAUGGGAGGCAAGCUGAGCAAAAAGAAGAAGGGGUACAACGUAAAUGACGACAAGGCCAAAGACAAGGAUGUUCAAGCAGAGGGGGCGUCCGCCGAGGAGAGCGAAGCCCCAAAAGACAACAAGGACGAGAGCCAGGCAGCAAGUGAUGCUAAGGAGGUAGCAAACGACACAGCGGCCAAGGAGGCGCCAGCUGGAGACGCCACCACGGCUAAAGACGAGGACAAGAAUGCAGCUCCCGCCACGAAGGAGCCUGAGAAACCUGCCGCCAACGCCGACCCGAAAACGGAGGUGCCAAAGAGCGCUGAGCCCGCCAAGACUGAGGAGAAGGCAGCUGCCCCCGCCCCGGCCAAGGAGCCGGCUCCUGCCACCAAGGAGCCAGAGGCCAAGUCUGCAGCACCCGCCCCGGCGCCUGACAGCAAGGAUGAGGCCAACGCCAAAAAGACUGAGGCCCCCACGGCACCAGCAGCCAAAGCCGAGGCCGCCUCUCCUGACCCCAAGCCUACAGAAGCAGCGGCACCAGCACCGGCAAAGGAGGCCGCAACUGCCGCCGCACCUAGUUCAACACCAGCCGUCGAACCUCCAGCCAAGGAGGUGAACGCCACAGAAGCACCAAGCAAGGAUCAUACCGUAGCAGUUCAAGAUUAAUGGACAGCUUCUUUUCGGAAAUAAGAAAAUAAAAAAGUACCUUACACGAUGAAGAUUUAAAAACAAACGUGAGAAAGAAAUUAGCUAGCCCUCCCAUAUUUCAAUGAUAAUAACAAUAAUAUUAGUAAUUUGAACGAUGAUGAUUUGUUGGAUGAGGACUGGACUGGAGCGACCGCCUGGGGACGUUUCCCACUGCUGCAGAUGAUUAUUGCUAUUAUUAUUGUUAUUGUUUGAUUCUAUUUUUUUCUGCUGUAGUAUUUGAACUUUGAUACGAGUCCGUGUCGGCUUCACCAUUUCACUUCCAUCAUCCCUCCCUCCAUCAUACAGUCCAGAGGUUUCAACCGGCUCCCUCCUGAGACCCUCAGACGUUCUCUUGCAGCCGCUGAUCUGCGGACGUCGCAAAAAAUCUGAAUUUUGUCGAGAAGGAAAAAGGGGAGGGUUGGUUAGAAAAACCACUUCACCAGCUGGACUUGUCCACACCUCAGCUCUCCUCGUCCUCCUCUCCAGGUACCUGUAGAUUCCUGUUGUUGAGUUGGGCUUGUGUUGGUUUACAUUACUUUAAGCCUUAGACUUUUUUUCUGUGUUUUUAUUAAAUUAAUGAGUCCUUUAUCAGUCCUGCGGGGGAACUCCCCAUCCUCUACUAAGAACCUUCCUAGAAUUAGGGGCAGUGGGCAGCACCUAGGGAGCAAUGGAGGUUAGGUUCCUUGCUCAUGGGUACCCCAGCCCCCUUUUUGACCUAGUGGGGACUCGGGUCCAAACCGGCAACCCUCCGGUUACAAGCCAAGAUCCCUUUCUUCUUGGCCACGGGCUGCCAUUCCCCUCCUCAUACCCACUUCUCCUGAAUUUCCAGCUGUUUGCAAGGACUGAGAACGUCCAGGCUUUCUAAGACAUUUUGCCGGUUUUAAAACGAGAAGCUUUACACAAAAACGUUGGUAGACGCGGAUAUAAAAUUGUAGUAGGAUUUUUUCUCAGCAGAUUUUGUACUGAAACCCUGUGUGGUUUUUUUUAAAACAUUUGUAAUAUAAAACCUGCAAAGCCUCGUCCAAAACACGUCUGCAAUGUUCUUAGAAAGAUCCUGAAGGCGGCGUCACAUUUUUAAAAACACAUCCACUGCUGACCCGCGUCAAACCCACUCUACGGAGCCGAUGUAGCCAAGAAUUUGUACCAACUUUCCCACAAAAUGAAGACGGUGACGUUUAUCCGAGAAGAACAGGAGACUGAAGCUUUUCUCCUGAAGAGAGUUGAGCCGUUACGCACUUAACUUAACUUAACUUAACUUAACUUAACACGGAAAUGCUUUUCCCACUCAUUUACUCCACAAACAACAGUAUUCAUUUCAAACGCAAACUUUUAAAGUUUGUCGCGAUCGUAGCAGGAACAAUGGCACAGAGGUCCAAGACUGUGGUCUGUGUUUCUGUGGCAACCAUACGCCCCCGGCUAUGUAAAUUAUGGGAUGGAAAUGCCUUGCACGUGAAAGGGAGCCUCUGGUUUUCAUGCCUCGUUCAUUUUUCUUUGACGUUUCUGGAAUAUGUGCAUCACAUAUGCAGCAGUGGAAGAUAAAGUACUGGAAGGAAUGGAAUGGAAGGAAUUGCUUUUACGUACAUUUUUCCAUUGAACUUUACGCAAACCCCACAGUAACAUUUUAGAUCGUGAGCCAGGAUAAUAGUUUCUUCCAGUUGUUCUCAGAAAUCGUAACUGCCAAGCAACAAUAGAAACUUUGAUUUAGAGUGCCCCCUGUUGAUUUAAUCGUAAACUAGUGAAAUGCUAGUUAGCAAACCUAGCUACAAGAUCGUAGCCAAACAGAUUGACGCAUACGGUGUUUAUUCAGUGGCACAGAUUAUCUCACUAAUUAGUAAACCUAGCGAUAACAUCACAUACGACGAGUACAUUUCUGUUACUAGAGAACGCACUUUAACUCGUGUGUAACGCCUUUUCCCACUCCAGAGUUACAAUUUAAAAAAACUGCAAUGGACUUAGCUAGCUGAGCACUUAGCUAGCAUAGCACUUGGCUGACUUUGAAAACAACAAAAUAUAUAAGCUAAAUAACGUGUCCUGUCACUGAGGGGAUGUAGCCGUCCCAGACAUGAACAUUGUUUUUUAGCACUUUUGUCUUCUUUUGUAUCGUACAUUCAGUGCUGCCCCUACUGGUGCCUACACUGUUGUUGCACACAAAAGGACUCAUAUAGUGUUUAGCCAGUUAGCAAACCUAGCUCUAACAAUUGUAUUCAACUUGCGAAGUUGAAACUCGACGGAACUGAACUCAGGUGUAACAUCGUUCUCGCUCCCCUGAUUAAAGGUGAAAACCACGGAAACUGGAAUGCACUUAGCUAGCUUAGGAUUUCAUUAGCUGAAGUGUAGCGUUCAGGUGCUUGUGUAAAAUAGCGUGUCCUUGCGCUGAAUGAGACGCAGGAAACAUGGACAGAGGAUCCGUUUUUAUUUAUCAAAGCGUCUUGUCGACGCUAACUAAACUAACUUGACCGAAUCGCCAAAAAGUGAACGUUCAAUCCAAAAUGGCGGCAGUCCUGUUGGGUUUGGAUCAUGGUCAUAAUGGAUUUUUUUUCUUCAUCCCAGCCUUCUACGCAUGUGUACAGAUUUUCGUGCAUGUACGAUAAACCUGCUGCUCUAGCCAAAUUUUUCUUGGGGGCGGCACAGUUUUUUGCCCCUCCCACAUCCAAUUUUCGAUGCACAUUCACUGAACUACUUUCAGAUGUAAAUUUUCACCAUGUGGUCUCUGAUGCGGUCGCAAAAAAAGUGAGUUUUGGGGCACGGGAAAGCCCUCAAAAACACGGGAAAAAUAUGAAUAAUAACUUAAAAAAUAUAAACACCUGAGCCAGAAAAAAAGGUUAAUUGCAGUAAAAGUUACAAGGAAUACAGAAUCGUUUCAUCGACGUACUUUUAAUCACCUCCACUUUUGCAUAUAUGAAACUGUGCUCAUGUGUACAUUUCCUCAUCCUUUGAGUUUCGGUCAUGUGACACGCGACACUUUUUUUUCCUCGCAACACUUUUUUUCAAACUGUAGCAGAAACGAACAAACAAACGAGUGGAGGAAGCGUUUUUUUUAGCAUUCCCCGCCUGUUUCUCCUCCUCUCUAUGACUCGGUGAACUCAUUUGCAUGUCUGUGAUCAGGUGAAUCUGUCGUCCUGUUUUUUUUUUUUUUUGGUCAAGUGGGAAAAAAAAGCAAACAAACAAAGAAAAAAAUUCUCAAUCUGUAUCCAUGGCAACUAGGAUGGAUUGAUCUGUUCAUCCCAUCAUGUCUCACUGCCACACGUUCAUUCAAAAGUGACAAAAAUAAACGUGAAAAUUGAUGCAUUGAAAAUUCUCUGUACUCUGUAAAAAUAAACGGUGCAACAGUAAUAAAAUUUAAGAAAUUGACUGAAA